AUGGCCGUUCCAGUGUUUCUCGAAGGCCGCAUCGGAUCCACCCCAGACAAGGGCGUUCCUGAUAUGACAUGCAUAUCGGACAUCGACGAGAACGGCAUCAACAGAAAUCUGAAAGUGCGCUACGAGCGAGACCAGAUUUACACCUACACCGGAUCGAUCCUGAUCGCAGUCAACCCAUAUAAAGAGAUCGACUGUUACACUCAGGAUUUUGUCGCCAAAUAUCAUGGCCAGAAGCUGGGCCUGCUGGAACCACACGUCUUUGCCAUGGCAGAGGCAGCUUAUCGCAAUAUCCGCGACAACAACACAAACCAAUCUUGUGUCAUAUCUGGUGAAUCAGGUGCCGGUAAAACGGAAACAACCAAGUUUAUUCUGCAGUACCUGUGCUCGGUUACCUGUGACGUGUCCACCUGGGUGCAACAGCAGAUUCUGGAGGCUAACACCAUCCUGGAAGCAUUCGGGAACGCGAAAACCAUUCGCAACGAUAACAGUUCCCGCUUCGGAAAGUUCAUGCAAGUCUGUUUCGAUUCGAAAUGGUGCAUCAAGGGCUGCAUCAUUCAAGACUACUUACUCGAGCAAUCGCGAAUAACCUUUCAAAGUCCGGGCGAACGGAACUAUCACGUGCUCUAUCAGCUGGUCGCGGAAGGACAUACCAACAAGGAACUAGCGACCGCGCUUCAUCUCCGAGAUGCGUCGUUUUAUCGGUAUUUGAAUUCAUCCAGCGGCACCGGUAAUACGGAAUCGGGUGCUGACCAACCGGCGCUAGAAAUUGCCACCGAGUCAAAGCGUUUCGAGGCAUUGCGCCUGGCGUUUAAUGUGCUACAAAUCUCUCAGCCACUGAUAGACGGUAUUUUUCGCGUUCUAAGUGCCAUAAUGUGGCUGGGUAAUCUAAACUUCGCCGACGUCGAUGGAGAACGGUGCGAGCUUGCGCCAGAGGAUGAUGAGAUAGUGAAAAUCGUAGCACAGUUGCUCGGAUUGCAAGAGGCAGACUUGGUGCAGGUGCUGCUGAAACGACAGAUCAACGUACGCGGAAACAUAACCGAGAUCCCUUUAAAACUGCAAGAAGCGGGAGAAAAUCGUCACGCGAUGGCUAAAGCACUGUAUUCACGCACAUUCGCCUGGUUAAUCAGCCAUAUUAACACGUGCAUCAACCCGGGCCAGGAUGCUUUCCGGUUUCUGGGUGUGCUGGAUAUAUUUGGCUUCGAGAACUUUAACUCCAACUCGUUCGAGCAGCUUUGCAUUAACUACACAAAUGAAAAACUUCACAAAUUCUUCAACCAUUACGUGUUUGCGUUGGAGCAAGAAAUUUACCGCCAAGAGGAAAUCAAAUUCUCCCACAUUCAGUUUACAGAUAACACGCAAUGUUUGGAACUCAUCGAAAAACCCCCGCGAUGUAUCCUCAAGUUGCUAACUGAACAGUGCCAUAUGCCGAAAGGGUCAGAUACAGCGUACCUCACGAACCUUCACAGUGAAUUUGAAUUGCAUGGUAGCUACGUGAAAGGUCAGGAUCGCCGCCAUUGGGAAUCUGAAUUUGGCAUCAAGCACUAUGCGGGGUGCGUAAGUUAUACUGUAAAGGGCUUUGUCGAUAAAAACCGUGACGUGCAGCAGGACGUUCUCUUCGAUCAUAUGAGCCGGAGUGCGAACACGUUCGUGCAGGAGAUUUCGUCCUUCCAGGAUCUGCUGUCUAUUCAGCAUGUCCAAUCUGUGUCAUCCGCUACCAGCACUGUAUCCCGGGGUACAUCGAAAGGCAAGCUAACCGUCAGUGACACUUUCCGCCAACAAUUGCAAGCGCUUGUUGAUGUGCUACAGAGUACCAAUCCAUGGUACGUGCGUUGCAUCAAACCGAACUCCGAAAAAUUGCCGAACGACUACGACGACCAACUGGUGUUGGAUCAACUGCGUUACUUAGGCAUGCUUGACAUAAUUCGAAUCCGACGCGAAGGAUUCCCUGUGCAUUUGACAUUUGAUGAUUUCGUGCAAAAGUAUCAAUGCCUGACGAAGCGGUUCCGAAACAUGUCCAGCCAGGAUCAGGCACUGGCUGUGAUACGUGAGCUGAACGUUCCUACCACCGAAUGGCAGAUGGGACGCACGAAAGUCUUCCUGCGCAGCGUGGUACACGAGCCGCUCGAGGAUGCUCGGAAGCAAGUGAUUAAUUCCAAGGCACUAAUCAUUCAGCGAAACUGGAAGCGAUUUAGUCAGCAACGACAAUACAGAAAACUUCGUUCGGCCGGGCUCAAGAUACAACACGCGUAUAAGGGCUGGAAGCUGCGAAUCGAGUUUCUCAAAAAACGACGUGCUGCCAUCGUCAUCCAAAGUCAUUUGCGGGGUGUGUUUGCAAGAGAAGUCGCCACUGCGUUACGUGAAAUGCGUCGCGUCGAUGAAGAAAUGCGUAAACGCGAACGACUCGAAGCCGAGCGUCGGGAACGAGAAGCGGCACAAGCAGAAGCCGACAAAAAGGCACUGGAGGAGAGCGAAAGGGUUGCGAAAGAAGAAAUUCUCGCUUUAUCGCAAAUGGCAGAGCAGAUAAACUCGAAGCUGCACUCACAACAGCAUGUUGCUAACAAUAACAGUCGCCUUGUGCAAGCUUCGCUGUUGCAGAACGGACCCGGUAGUGACAAGGGUGCCGGCCCGCUGCAACCCGGUGGUGCCAGAGGGGCUGGAUCCGCCAGUCUGCAGAGCAACGAUUCGGUUGAUCUGGACAAUUUGUUUGCUUUUCUCAGCGAGGUGCAGCCGAAUGCAAAUGCGAACGCGAUAAUUGAUGAGAUUGGAGAGAAAAUGGACAACCUGGUUGAAGAUUUGGACGUCGAACUGGAAUCGGUGAUCCAGCAGGAAAUUGAAGGGUUGACAAGCGAACGGAACAACAACGUAUCCGCAGCACCCACUGCGAAGGGUGCAAUGGUAAAUGGUACCUGUACAGGUACCAAUAAUGCCAUUAGCAACAACAAUAACAUUAACAAUAAUAAUAGCCAAAAUAAGCCAACAACUCCUAAACCGAUGGGCGGGACUCCUUCGCUUCCAGAACCGACUAUGCCGCCACCGCCUCCACCGAUUGAAAACAACAAUCAUACCCUUCCAGCAGCAGCACAGCCACAUCAUCCUGCCACGCUCCAUCACACUCGACGUCACGAGGAACCUAUUUACGAGGCUGUUAUCCAUCUGAAGGAGCUACCACCUCCGCCAUUAGAAGGGCAUGAAAAGGUGCCACCGAUUCCACAACAUCAGGCUCCAACGCCAUCAAUGAUCUCUCAGCACCAAUCGGUAGCUCCUCCGCCACCGGUGCACGCCCAUCAACAACCGGUUCCACCACCGCAUGCGCACCACGCCCCAUCUCACCUUCCAACACAGACUGGAUCGCUACAUCAGGGGCAUACCGAAGCCCCACAACCACCACCACAUGCUCACGCUGCGCCUAGUCACGCUUACGUUCAUCUGGAGAAUGGAACCGCAGGUCACAAGCUGCGUCCAAAAAGUCCUGCCGUUAUACGAUCUGCUAGUCCUAUUCAACGGACCGGCUCCACUGGUCCGAUGAGUCCUUCUUCCCCCAAGCACAGUCGGCCAAGCUCGCGAGCAUCCUCUACUGGUGGUGGACAUCCGUUCGCAGAGCGUGAGCAACGUCGAAAAUAUCGCGUCGAGAAAAAACUUCAAGAAAUGCAGCAAUUAGACAUCACCGAAAGGGAAAAGGAGUUGCUUAGAGACGACGUAUACUACGAUAUUCUGGAGUUUGCCGAAAGCUUUUAUAAUACCCACGAGCGAUCUCCCGAGGGAACGAUAAUGGCUACAUUAACGCGGAAGGGCCGCAAGUCUGUCGAUAUGGUGCCGAAAUACGAAAUGAUUACGUACUACCGCGGCACAACGAUCCCAUCAUCGCAUAUACAUAUGUACGAUCCGGAGAACGUAACAAUCGCUUGCAAUAUUUUCCGUGACUUGUGCAAGUACAUUCGUGGCGAGUUGAACAACGAGCGUGAGCUGCAGGUCAUUCAGUUUAUCAUCGGGCAGGGUAUAGAACGCGAGGAGCUUCGUGACGAGAUCUUUGUCCAAUGUAUGCGUCAGGCCACAAACAAUCCAAGCGUGGAUUGGACCGACCGCGUUUGGUUGUUGCUCUGCCUCACGAUUGUCGCUUUUCAGCCAAGCAAGUUGCUCUUCCGUUAUUUCGUAAGUUUUCUGAAGAAAAAUCUCGAAUCACUCGAAGGCAAGCUACGCCAGUAUGUGCAAUGGUGUUUGGAUAAUUGCAAAAAUACCAAAGUUCGAUGCCGCCAGUAUCCCCCAUCAAGUGUGGAAGUUGCGGCUAUGAGACGACUCGGAACUAUCGUUUGCCGGUUCUUUUUCCUUGAUGGACGCACGAAAGCUAUCGACGUUCAUCCAACCGAUACUGCAAGCGACGCUGUAGCUAAAUUGGCGGAAAAGCUAGGACUUUGUAACAUCGAAGGUUGGGCAAUCUAUCAAUCGCGUCCAGAUGGAGAGGAGCAUGUUAAAUCACAUGAUUAUUUAUACGACAUCAUCGCUGCUUGGGAAGCCAAGCAGACAAAGAUUCAUGCUUCCAAUGCGACGCUGCGUAAAAACGCGACUACCCUGGGUUCCGGUGAAAAUCGUUUCGUGUUUAAGAAGCGUUUAUUCAAAAGCACUCGUGAGCUCUCACAAGACCCGGUGGAAGUUAAUAUGCUGUACGCGCAAGCCGUUUACAGCGUAGUGAAGUGCGACGAUUUUCCGGUAUCAGAAAAGGUUGCUCUUCAGCUUGCCGGUUUGCAGGCACAAGUUGCCCUCGGGGAUCCGUCGAACCAACCGAAGCCGGAGUAUUACUCAGACGUGCCAAGCUACCUUCCGGAGCGCAUCUCGAAAACUCGUGAAGAACAGUUCUGGGUACCGAUACUGGCCCAAGCUCAUCGACAGUACGGUUCAGGACGUACGGAGCUAACGGCAAAGGUGUUGUACCUGUCGUGUGUCAUGCAGUACCCACUGUAUGGCACGACGAUGUUUGCCGUGUCCUACCGUGGCUAUUGGAGCUAUGGCAACAGUCUGAUCCUCGGCGUGAACUGUGAGGGAAUCAUCCUAAUCAAACCGGAUGAUAAGUUCGUUUUGUACGAGUUCCGUUACGCUGAGGUGGAAUCGAUCAUGCUCGAUCCGAGCGAUAGUUUCAUAACAAUCAGCCUGAACCGCCAUACAAGUACGAGCAACGAUCAGCAGCGAUGCUUUGUGUUUGAAACGGCACAAAAGAAUGAAAUCGGAUCGCUGAUCGUGUCAUACUAUCCAGCCCUCUCGAACUGGAUAACGGAGAACGAGGUACCACCGAAGAAGAGCAAGGGUAUUACGAACGAGGAUCGUGUUCGAUUGCAUCACAACUUGGUCGUGUGCAGGCGGCACUUGGUAGAUGCGGAAAUUUUACGCAAACCACAGGAUCCAAGCGGUGGGUUCCUGCGCAAUACACUGCGUCGGCUUUCGAAACAUCGAUUGGAAAAGCUGCGCGCCGAGCAUGGUAGUCCGGUGCAUGAUCAUGGUGAAACGUACAAGGGUUUCCCGCACGCAUACUGGGCAUUCAGUCGCCAGGCACUGCCACAAAGUCUGAGCAAGCUGCCCGAUCAAGAGGAGCAGGCUAUGCUGCAAGUAUUCAAUUCGAUUCUCACCUACGCCGGUCUCGGACAAAACGGCGAAACAGUUCAGCGUGCAGAAGAUGAACACAUUACGCUCAUACAAUCGAUCAUGGAUCGUUGCAUGCGCAAGGAAUCCCUUCUGAAUGAACUGUAUCUGCAGCUGAUCAAGCAAACGACCGACCAUCCCGAUCCUAAUUCCCGUGUCAACUUGCGUCACUGGGCGCUGCUGUCGCUAGCGUGUAGUGUCAUACUACCGCCACAGAAGGUAGUGCGCAAGUACUUGCUCGGUCAUCUCAAACGUUGUGCUAGUGAUUUCAUCACCGAGGAGGGCAAAUAUGCACGUUUUGCGGAGAAAUGUUUCUUCAAAACGCAGGGCACUCGGCGACGCCAAUGGCCACCGUCGCGGGAAGAGAUCAUUUGUACAAUCAACCGACGGCCAAUCUAUGCGCGGUUCCACUUCAUGGACGGGCAGUAUCAUUCGGUCGAGUUCCACCCAAGCUCGACCUCUCGAGAGGUGAUGGAAAUCGUGAAGAAAAAGAUCGGUCUUCAGGAAAAUGCACUAGGCUAUGCUAUCUACGAAGUGUUGGGAGCAUCGGAACGCAGCUUAUUGCCGGACGAAAAGGUUGCUGAUGUUAUGUCAAAAUGGGAAAAAUACCGUACUGCGGCCGCACAGGCAGUACAACAAAAUCAGAGUUCCAACUUACCACCCGCCUGCCGCCGGCAGCAUCAUCUGUUUCUCUUCAAGAAACAUCUGUUCUGCGAUCAGUACAUGAACCUGGACGACCCCGUCGAAAAGGAAUUGCUCUACCACCAGGUGCUACACGGUUUGCGUACCGAACGUUUUCCAAUCACCGAAAUGGAGGCUAUUAUGUUAACUGCUCUACAAGGACAACUUGAGCUGGGAGACAGUUCCGACGUGGUUCAGGACUAUCGGCCUAUCGCAGCCCACUGCUUACCGCCACGUUUCGUUCCCAACAUCCCGCGCGACAGUGUAGCAAUGCAUCACCAGAGCCUGCGAGGCACCACACCGGCGGAAGCGAAAAAAUCCUUCCUGAAUCUCAUCCAAAGCUGGCCCCUGCAUAAGGCCACCAUAUUUGACGUGAUGCAAUCUUUCACCUCCAACUGGCCGCGAAUGCUAUGGCUAGCAGUUGACCAAAAGGGCCUGCAUUUGCUUGAGCAUCGCUCACGAAACACGCUAUGCACGUACGAUUAUCAAUCGAUACUUUCUUUCUCGCCCAACAUGAACUGUCUCAUGAUAAUCACUGGGUCCGAUAAAAAACAAUCGAAAGUCAUCCUUACAACGGCACAGGCUUUCCAAAUUGCAAAUCUCAUCCGAGAAUACAUGGAGGUACUUCAGCGGCAACAGUCACACACGGAUGAUACGCAGAAGGAGAAUUUGUCAACUGGCGCUAACCAGCCUCCCGGUGCACGUCCCGAACAUCCUCCACUUGUUCCACCGCACAAUCAACCUCUUCCGCCGCCACAUCAGCAUCUUACGGCUCAACAACAGAAUGUUGUUGGUGCGACGGACCUCCGGAAAGGAGGCCAACGUCCUCCUUCGAUGUUGCUACGCCAGUCUAGUGCUGCUUUAGUAGCGCCGCAACCAAGUUAG